AUGGCGAGCACCGUUACUGAGGCUCGAUCCCCGCUGCACUGUGAGCCGACACCACUCCUCGGGAAUGGGAACGACCCGAAUCUCGAGUCACAGCCCCACCUCGAGAAUGACCACACCGAUACCCCCCGGCUACCGGCGAUCGGAAUGAGGCUAACAACAUCCCACAAGAGCUCCCUUCUGCAAAACUUUUGCAUUGUCUUGCUGGCAGCUUGGGUUGGCGUCGCUGCCGACACUACUGUGAUAGCUACUCCCCUGGCACCAAUUUCGACUCCAUUCUCUUCAUUCAAUUCCAUCACUUGGAUAGCAACCGGGCACUUUACCCUCAAUGCCACUUUAAAACCGUUCUUUGGCAAAUUAACCGAUAUCUACUGACGCGAAUCUGUCCUUGCGCUGUGUAAUUUCAUUUUCAGCGUCGGGGCAUUGAUUUUUCGGCUUACGAAGGAUCAAUACCCCAUGAUUAUUGGUUGGAGAUGGGCAUUCGUCCUAUAAAUCUCCUUCAUAGCUAUUUCCGCUGCUUUGGUGUCAAUUUUCGUGAAGAUUCGCGGGAAGAAGCCCGAAGAGUUAAGGUAUCGAAGGAUUGAUUACCUUGGUUCGGGCAUGUUGCUGUGUCCUCUGGUUACCCUCUUGCUGGGGUUGAAUACCGGCUGAAAUACGCUGCCAUGGACCCACCCCGUUGGGAUGACAUGUCUACCCUCGGGUGCGGUUUUUCUAGGCGCUUUCUCCAUGGUCGAGUGGUGAUAUGCGAAUGAGCCGGUCAUCCCGGUUAGACUGUAGGGGAAUAGAACUGUGUUGACGGUUUGCUUUACAAAUUGGUUUAUGGUGGUGACCGUUUUUGCUGUUGUGCGUCGGCGCCUACCCAUCGAGACACACACAAAGCUAAUGAUAUUGUCCAGAAGUACUUUGAUCUCCAAUAUACUUUACCCUCAGCGGUUACUCCACUGCGCAGGCCAGCGUCCGCUUAACGCCCUUCACCAUCGCCACCUCAAUCGGAAGCCUAGAGGCAGGCCUCAUCAUAAAUGCCACUGGAAAAUACUACAUCCUCGGCCAAACCGUCACGCCAACAUCCGUCCAGGGCGUGCUCCCGAUCUGUGCAUUCAGCCUGACAAUCCCGCUCUUUUCACAAUUAUCCAACCUUUUCAUGGCCGGCUCCGGUUACGGCGGAACACUAACUAUCGCUCUGCUAGGACUAAUAUCUCAGCGGACCACAGUGAGCGUGCCGUCAUUACAUCUGCCAACUAUGCAUUCCGUUCCAAAGGUAGCACAAUUGGUAUUACUAUUGGUAGUUCCAUCUUCCGGAAUGUGUUAGUGAGGCAAUUGCGCGUGCAUUUGGGAGUGGGGAGGAGGCGGAUGGGAUUCUCGAGAGGCUGGGGGAGAGGUUCGAUGAAUUUGACGGGUUGUUCGAGGUAUGGAAG